AUGGCCAAGCUGGACCUGGUGGAGGAGGGGGACAAGCUGGUUGUGAAGGAGAUGGGGCAGGUUGGCAACUGCGGGUCUGAGUGCAAGACUGUGCAGCUGGCGGCAGAGCGCAUCAUGGGGGAGCACGACACCGACAUCGCUGAGAUCCUGUUCACAGGCAAGAUGAAUCGCGCGCAGUUCAACAGGUGGCUGUGCUGGGAUGAGUCGGAAGCAUGCAAAAAGGAUGCGCCGCCGCUGCCAAAUGGCCGCAAGCCUGGCCCGCCGUUUGACCCGCGGCAGGAGGGCGACCAAAGCAUCGAUGCCAUGCUGGGCGGGCUGGAGGACAAGGGGCUGGCCAACAACAAGAAGCUGCGGGAAGAGCUCAUGGAGAAGCUGGGGGUGAAGGAGGCAGACCGGGUGGAUGACGAUGAUAUGUCAGUAGACGCAGCGCUCAAGCGGGCGAUGGCUCAGGCGGAAGCGGGCUACGUCCCCCCUGGUGGCCAGGACGCCUGGGACGAAUUGUGA